AUGGCGCCUCAGAAGCACGGCGGCGGUGGUGGUGGGGGAGGGGGCGGCUCGGGGCCCAGCGCGGGCUCGGCCGGCUCCGGCGGCGGCGGGGGCCACAGCCACGGCCACGGCUUCGGGGCUUCGGCGGCUGUGGCGGCCACGGCCUCAGGCGGCAAGGCCGGUGGCGGCGGCGGCUGCGGGGGCGGCUACUCGGCCUCCUCGGCCUCCUCCGCGGCCGUGGCGGCGGCUGCGGGAGCCGCCGUGCUCCCCGUGAAGAAGCCGAAAAUGGAGCAGGUCCAGGCUGACCACGAGCUUUUCCUCCAGGCCUUCGAGAAACCAACACAGAUCUAUAGAUUUCUUCGUACUCGAAAUCUCAUAGCGCCAAUAUUUUUGCACAGAACUCUUACUUACAUGUCUCACCGAAACUCCAGAACAAACGUCAAAAGGAAAACAUUUAAAGUUGAUGACAUGCUAUCAAAAGUAGAGAAAAUGAAAGGAGAUCAAGAAUCUCAUAGCUUGUCAGCUCAUCUACAGCUUACAUUUACUGGUUUCUUCCACAAAAAUGAUAAGCCAUCACAAAACUCAGAGAAUGAACAAAAUUCUGUUACGUUGGAAGUUCUACUCGUGAAAGUUUGCCACAAAAAACGGAAGGAUGUAAGUUGUCCAAUAAGGCAAGUUCCUACAGGUAAAAAGCAGGUGCCUUUGAAUCCAGACCUCAACCAAACAAAACCAGGAAACUGUCCAUCCCUUGCUGUUUCAAGUAAUGAAUUUGAACCUAGUAAUAGCCAUAUGGUGAAGUCUUACUCAUUACUAUUUAGAGUAACUCGUCCAGGAAGAAGAGAGUUUAAUGGAAUGAUUAAUGGAGAAACCAAUGAAAAUAUAGAUGUCAAUGAAGAACUUCCAGCCAGAAGAAAACGAAACUCUUCAAAUCGUGAAGAUGGGGAAAAGACUUUUGUAGCACAAAUGACUGUAUUUGAUAAAAACAGGCGCUUGCAACUUCUAGAUGGAGAAUAUGAAGUAGCCAUGCAGGAAAUGGAAGAAUGUCCAAUCAGUAAGAAAAGAGCAACGUGGGAAACAAUUCUUGAUGGGAAAAGGCUACCUCCAUUUGAAACAUUUUCUCAGGGACCUACUUUGCAGUUCACUCUUCGUUGGACAGGAGACACCAAUGAUAAAUCUACAGCUCCUAUAGCAAAACCUCUUGCAACCAGAAAUUCAGAGAGUCUCCCUCAAGAAAAUAAGCCUGGUUCUGUAAAACCCCCUCAGACUAUAGCUGUGAAAGAAUCGUUAUCUACGGACCUUCAAGCAAGAAAAGAAAAGGAUAUUUUAAAUGAACCCAGACAAAAGUUACGAAUAUUUUACCAGUUCCUUUAUAACAACAAUACAAGACAACAAACUGAAGCCAGAGAUGACUUGCAUUGCCCUUGGUGCACAUUGAAUUGCCGCAAGCUUUAUAGUUUACUCAAACAUCUUAAACUCUGUCACAGCAGAUUUAUCUUCAAUUAUGUAUAUCAUCCAAAAGGUGCUAGAAUAGAUGUUUCUAUCAAUGAGUGUUAUGAUGGCUCCUAUGCAGGGAAUCCUCAGGAUAUUCAUCGUCAGCCUGGUUUUGCCUUUAGUCGUAAUGGACCGGUAAAGAGAACACCGAUCACACACAUUCUUGUAUGUAGACCAAAACGUACAAAAGCAAGUAUGUCUGAAUUUCUUGAAUCUGAAGAUGGAGAAGUAGAACAGCAACGAACAUACAGCAGUGGACACAAUCGACUCUAUUUCCACAGCGACACUUGUUUACCACUCCGACCUCAAGAAAUGGAAGUAGAUAGUGAAGAUGAAAAGGAUCCUGAAUGGCUAAGAGAAAAAACAAUUACUCAAAUUGAAGAAUUUUCUGACGUUAAUGAAGGAGAGAAAGAAGUGAUGAAAUUAUGGAAUCUACAUGUCAUGAAGCAUGGGUUUAUUGCUGACAAUCAAAUGAAUCAUGCCUGUAUGCUGUUUGUAGAGAAUUAUGGACAGAAAAUCAUUAAGAAGAAUCUCUGUCGAAACUUCAUGCUUCACCUGGUCAGCAUGCAUGACUUUAACCUCAUUAGCAUAAUGUCAAUAGACAAAGCAGUUACAAAGCUCCGGGAAAUGCAGCAGAAAUUAGACAAAGGAGAAGCUGCCCUCCCAGCAAGUGAAGAAACAACUGAAGAGCAAAAUGGGACCUCCAACGGAUAUAGUGACCUUCACCCAAAGGAGAGGAUUUUAGAAGCCGAUAUGGUCUCAGGGGUUUCAAAACAGAGUAAGAAACAAAAACUCUGAAAGGCAAUGCUAAUCCCAUGUGAUGGACAAACACUGAGCAACAUUCUGGGGAAUACACUCUCUUGGAAGAGCUUCUCUUCUCUUUUAUUUUGUAAAUCAUAGAUUCCAACCAGGCACUAUUAGAUGAAGUAAAUGAUUUCAACAAAGACAUUGUAUCAGGGUUCACUUGGCUUCAUUAUGCAAGUAAUAACGUGUAUAUCAGUUGUAGUGAUGUCAUUGCAAUAUUCUCCAGUUUGAGCAUGAAGAGCAAUACUUCAUAAAAAGCUUUUUUUGUAACUUCAGCGAUUAAUGUCUUAUGAAAUCUAUUGAAUUGAUAUAAAAAACUUACAUAUAUAAAUUAUAAGUUUUUUGCAUUUGUGACUUGUUUUCCUACUUUGUAAUUGUGAGACAUUGGGAAUGGGAAUUGGAAUAUGAUUCAGUUGUUAAGCAAUUUAGACAUCCAAUUUUUGGCAGAAUUAUGCACAUUACUAUUUUCAGUCUGACCUUGAUCCUUGCUUCUUGAAAUCAUUUAUUAAUUUUGAAUGAAGAGUCACAAAUUUGGACAUAGUUGUACAUCAAAUUCAGUUUUACUUUUCAAAAAGAUAAGCUAGCACUUCAUUGACUUGUGCCUGUUUGAGAAGAUCUUGGACUUUUUCACCUUUGAUAACAUGAACUAAUAACCAGGCUGAGUUGUUUGGUUUUGUUUCUGGCAAUGUGUUUUUAUGUGGAUAACUUUGAUGCAUUGCUCACCCAGUGUAUUCUUUUAAACAUGAAUGUUUUGCUAAUUUUUUUUCUUUUGAAAUUAGGUAACUACACUUUGAAAAUUCAGGUAUCCCAUCUUCUCAUUUGUAUUGUAUCAUAGCAUAUUGAGUGAAGAAUUUACAGAUUCUAAUUUGAAAGAAGGGAGGAACUCCCUUUGAGGUUCGACAGAGAAGUUGUUCCACAUGUGAGUGUGCUACCCAGCAGGUCCCUCACUCCAUACAAGCUCAUUAGAGCAGUUUCACUCUUUAGUUGCACACAUUUACAGUUGAAUUUUCUCUAGUAGGAAGUUGUUUCACUACUGGCACAAUGUCAGCACCAAUGAGUUUUUAUUCCAACUCCAGGCACUGUGGUUGAGAGACAUCACCUCAAUUUUUUAUUAUCCUUAAGAUAUUGCAUUUUCAUAUUCUUUAUUUAUAAAGGAACAAUGCUGCUGUAAAUACAGGUAUUUUUAAUUUUUUAUUUCAUUCCUCCACCAUCAGAUGCAGUUCCCUAUUUUGUUUAGUAAAGGGAGAUAAAAGCUUUCUAAUGGUGUCUUCAGAAAUUUAUAAAAUGUAAAUACUGAUUUGAUUGGUCUUUAAGAUGUGUUUAACUGUGAGACUAUUUAACUAAUGGUGUGGAUGUGAUUUGUCAUCCAGUAUUAAGUUCUUAGUCACUGAUUUUUGUGUAAAAAUAGGAAAGAGGGAAACUGCAGCUUUCAUUACAGAUUUCUUGAGUUGUCAGCUCUCCAGUGAUGAGUGAUGAGUUUUCUCGUAACUCAAAGUAUGUCUCCGGAUAGUGAAUCUCAAGCAUUUCUCUCUGGCUUUAAUUUGCUAAAGCUGUGCACAUAUGUAAAAAAAAAAAAAAAAAUAGAUUAUUUUAGGGGAGAUGUAGGUCUAGAAUUAUUGCUUAUGUCAUUUCUUAAGCAGUUAUGCUCUUAAUGCUUAAAAGAAGGCUAGCAUUGUUUGCACAAAAGUUGGUGAUCCCCCCAAAAAAUAGUAAUGAAAUUACUUCUGUUGAGUAAACUUUUUAUGUCAUCUUAUAAUAAAAGCUGAAAAAAUCCCUUUGUUUCUAUUUAUAAAAAGAUGCCUUUUCUAUAUGUACCCUUGAUAAGAGAUUUUGAAGAAAUCAUGUAAGCUGGUCAGCAUUUGAAUGGUACAGUAGAUGUGUUUAAAAAAAUGGGAAAAAAAGUUGAGUUGUUGAAAUGGACCUUUGUUUUUACAUUAAAUGUUUAUUUGAAAUCAAAUGAUUUUGUACAUAAAGUUCAGUAAUAUAAAAGCUGCAUUUCUCUUCUUUUUUCUAUAUGGACUGAAUCUUAAGAAACUGCUAUUUUAAAAAAACACAAUUUUAUAUAGACCACUAGCAUACAAGUUCACAAUCACAAUUUAUUCCCUUUUAUAGAGCACUAUUAAUAUUACUGUUUAUUUUAAGCAGAUCAUUUCUCUAUUACCUUAAUAUAUAAUUUCUGAAAAGGAGGAAAAGUUUUAUACUUUGAACCAAGGAGAUUAAGGCUUUUUUGUUUCUCCAUUUGUUCUGUAACCCACAUAAUAUAUUAAACAUGUUAAAAUGGGGAUUAACUGACUUUUAGGUAGAAAUUGGCUAAGUCAAUUUAAUAACCACGAUUAAAAACUUAUGCUUUCUUUAAAGACAAACUGGGUUAAGUGAUUUAGCCUGCAUUACAGAGCUAGUGUUUUUUUAAGGCCAGUUUUAGUAGUUCCAGAGCUGGUGGUGUAUCAAUCUACUAUUCCCUUAAGCUGCCCUCCAUGCUUUCCUUAAAAAGCAUGUUAAAUGAACUUUUCUGAAGCUGUUCCCCUAAGAAAAGCUGUUUUGGAAGUUCUAUGUGAACUAUCUUCUUGGUUUUUGCUGUAUGGGCUGGGAGGUGACUGAAAAAAGGAAGCAAUUCUCUCAAAUUUAUAGAGUGACAGAAUCGAGUUCUGAAUUCAUUUAAAGAAGUGAUCAUCUACUUUCUUAGCUCUCGUUACUAUUAGGAGAGAAGAUCAAGGGGAAAAUCAGAAUUUUCAGUUAAGGAGCUGGAACAGAAGGUCAGGUUGGCUAAGGAGUUGGAAAACGGGAAAUGAGUGAAGUCCUUGCGCUGUAUAUGCUUAAGUUCCCUGAAAUCUAGAGGAAAAUUUAUAAAGAAAAUCUCGUUCCCUCUGACUUAAGUUACCAAUUUUUGUUGUCAGAACACUGUCCACUUUCUACAAACAUUUAGACCCUUUUUAAAAGCUAAAAAACAUUGAUAAUCUGCCACUUAAACACAUCACUGGUAACAUCACUGAUCAAUGUGUUUGAACUUUAGCCAUAUUAAAUUCCAGAAACUACUGGUUAAUAUACUCCCAAACUAUUCCCCAGUACCGUUUAUUUUUAUGAACCUCGACUACAGAUUUGAAAAAAGGACUUUGAGAGAAAGUAUUGAUCUUGGCAUAAGACAUUGGAAUCCUACCUGAAAUUCAUUAGCUAAGUAAACCUGAGCAAGUCGGAACCCCAGGCUCCUCAAAUGAAAAAUGGGAAUAUCUGCUUACACUGCUUACUUCACAGGAUUAGAAAAAUACAUGCAAACUUUACAUCCCUUGAUAAAUAUGAUUUAUUCCCACAGGAGGGGAACAAGAUAGAAUAAGGAUUUACAUGAGUUUCACUAACUGAUUAAGCUUUUGUGUUGGCUUAUGAAUAAAAUUUUUCUUAAUAAAUUUUAUCUUAAGUUUUAACAUUUUAAUUACUCCAUCUAGGAUACAUGUUUGCUUAUUUCUUUUAAUAUAAAAAUUUGAAAGAUUGAGUUCUAAAACAUCCUUUGACAUUUAAGACUUCAUCAAAGAGGGGACUUGCACUUUGGAAUUACCCUGUUCCAUUUGCCUUUUUUGGGGGUAUUUGCCUCUCAAUUUAAAAUAGCAUCUGAUUUUUAAAAAACAAUACCACCUAAAGUGUAACAUUUUAGGCUUUUGAGUGCUCUCAUAUUUAUAAUAACUUUUCUUUUUAUACAGAUUUCCACAUUUGUCAUGUGCAAGAAAAAUUGGACCAAAAGGCAGGGGGGAAAAUGGAAAUACUUCCCAUCUACAUUCAGUUUCCAUAGUUCUCUUUCAGGAUGACUGGCAUUUUCCAUCCCAAGUCUAUUGGAAUUAAUUGGAAUCACCUCAUUGGGAAGAGCCAACUCCAUCACAGUUGAUAACAUAAUUUUGUGGUUGUGUACAAUGUUCUCUUGGUUCUGCUUGUAUCUCUUAGGAUCAAGCCAUAUAAGUCUCUCCAGACUUUUCUGAAACCAUCUUGCUGAUCAUUUCUUUUAUAACAAUCUUCCAUCAUAUUCAUAUACCAUAACUUAUUCAGCCAUUCCCCAACUGAUGGGCAUCCACUCAAUGUCCAGUUUCUUGCCACUACAAAAAGGGCUGCCACAAACAUUUUUGAGCAUGUGGCUCCUUUUCCCUCUUUUAUCAUCUCUUUAGGAUAUAGACCCAGUAGUGAAACUACUAUAGUAUAGCAAUAUUUUGGAUAUAAUUCCAGUUGCUCUCCAGAAUAGUUGGAUCAGUUCAUACCACCACCAACAAACAAUGCAUUGGUGUCCCAGUUUCCCACGUGCCCUUCAACAUUUAUCAUUACCUUUUCCUGUCAUCUUAGCCAAUGUGAGAAAAUAUGAGAUGGUCCCUCAAAAUUGUCUUAAUUUGUAUUUCUCUAAUCAAUAGUGACUUGGAGUACUUUUUCAUGACUUCGAAAUAAUUUUCAUUUCUUCAUUUGAAAAUAGUUUAUAUCCUUUGACCACUGAUCAUUUGGGGAAUGACUUGUAUUAUAAAUUUGAGUCAGUUCUCUAUUUUAGAAAUGAGGCCUUUAUCAGAAAUUGGUUAUAAAAAAUUUUCCCAACUUUCUGCUUCCCUUCUAAUCUUGGCUACUUUGGUUUGCUUUGUGCAAAACCUAUUUAAUUUCAUCAAAAUUAUACCUUCUGUAUUUCAUAAUGUUUGCUAGUUUUUUGGGAGUUUUUUUAAUUAUAAAAACUAUUAUGUUAACUUUUCAAAGUCUGUGGAAUUGUUUUUAAAAAUCCACCAUCUAUAUAGAACAUCCUAAACCGGUAAUUAUGGAGCUCUUUGCCCACACUCCUUAUUUUUGCAAAUUUCCAAUUUCUACAUCAUGAGAAAAUUAGUUGUAAUCAACCUGCUAAAUUCCUUGCCAUUCCUUGCUAAAUAAUUUAUGCACUAAUUUGGCACCAUGUAUUUUUUUCCCUUGGGCCAAUAGGUGGCACAGUGAAUUGAGUGCCUGGACCUGGAGUCGGGAACAUUCUGCUGCUUGUAUUUAAAUGUGGUCUCACAUAACUUAAUAGCUGGAAAAAAAAAUUACAAACUACUCCAGUAUCUUUGCCAAGAAAACCCCAAAUGGAGUCAUCGAGAGUUGAACAUGACUGUUGAAUGACUAAUUCAAAUGUACAUUUAUUAAACACCUUUAUAUAUGUAAGAUUUGUGAUACAAAGAUGAAAUGGAAAAACAAGAUCUGCUUUUAAGGAAUUUACUUUCUAUUGGAAGGGAGUAAGACCAUAACAUUUGCAUAAGAAAGUACAAAAUAUUUAAAGAAAGAGUUUUUAAACCUGGGGAUAGUGGAAAUGGUUCUUAUUGGUGACAUCUGAGUUGAACUCUAAAAUAACAGGUUAUAAGAAGCAGAGCUGGGCAGGUGAUAAACUGGGAUUACUUGGACGUGGGAGAAGAUUUGGCCAGUGAGUUGGCCAGUGUGUCUGGGAUGUAAAGAGCAAUAACAUGGAAUAAACAUGGCAGCCACAGGAAAGAUUGAAGGGAUCAAGGGACUUACAACAAACAGGGUGUUUAGGAGAGAGACAAUGGGAGACAUGCAAGAAACAUGAUCAAAUUGAUAAAUAAUUGGAUUUAUGGGGUAAGCAAAUGAAUUAAUAUUGACUCGUCUCCAUUAGAGUGUCUUCAGGAGACUAGGAUAGCAAUUAGGAGAACAUGAUUUCAACAUGCUCACAGGAUAUCCCAGCAGAAAUAACUAAAGGGUAGGAAUGGAUGAAUAAAUGUGAGAAUUGGCUGGAACAGAUAAGGGUAUGGCUAAGAUGAGUACCUGGGCAUAAAGGGAGAAAGAAAAGAUCCAAGACAGAAACCCUUGGCCAAAACCAGAAGAAUCCAGGAAAGGUUGGUAAUAAGAACAGGGAAAUUUUUAGAGAAAGAGACACAGAGAGAAUGGACAUACAAGAGGGGAUGAUUGGAGCUGUCAAAAGCUAAUCAAGGAGGACUGAGAAGCUCCAGAGAAUUUAUUAGUAACCUUAGACAGUAGUAUUGGACAUGAACAGUUUUUGCUAGGAAUUUGGCUAUUAAAAAAGUAUUUAGGACAGUAUAGAUAUAAGGGGAUAAAAGAACUGAUGGAAUUCUGUUUAUAAGAGCUUUAGGAUAUGAGGAAAGGGAUAGUUUAUAGAUGGGCCAGCUCCCAAAUGACAGGAAGGGAUGGUGUGAGGAUUCUUGGAUGAAAUGGAAGAAGAGCAAAUUUUGAACUAAUGGCCUCUUAUUUAUUCAGUAAUGAUGUUUUCUGCUGACAAAAAGGAAGAAACUUGAGAAAAGUUAAUUUGGAACAAUCGUAGGAAAUGGGAUAGUUGAUCAGGGAGAGAAAAAUGGAUUGCCAGGCAGCAGCUUGAGAACAAAAUUAGUGGACCCAGCCAUACCAAGCAGCAUUCAUUUGUCAGUUUGGCAGCACAUAGAUCUUGGGCUCUUUCCUUGUCUAGGUCCUAAGCGGGUCUUUGUAUUCCACCAAUUUUGCCAAUUCUGGAAUUUAAAAAAGCUAUCUCCUUCAGGACAAUGUUUACAUUCUUAAUGUCUUCCGAGUAUCCGUAAUCCUAAAACAACUGCAAUUAGAGUCUUUGUUCCAAGACUAUCACUUGAUUCUGUUUCCCAAUGUUUGGAUAAUUAAAAAAAAUUUUUAAGCUUAUAUUUCCAAUUCUGAAUUUUGUGCAAUUCUCUUUUUUCCUGUUCAUUGUUUGUUUAUAUAUGAGCUUAUUAAUGUUUCCUAUUGUGUUCUCUAUUUUGGUUAUUUUCUUCAUUUUCCCCUCUCUUUUUAGUGUCUUAAUUUGUAUGAUCAUUAUUAAUUAUCUCUCCCAGCUUUGGAAGAAAUAUAAAUACAGAAGAGGAGCAGAAAUAACAAUUUCUACUUUAUUUGACUUAAUCUCUCGUUUUUCUUAACACUGGCAGUUUUUGAUCAGCAUCCUUCAUCAUAUGCAUUUGAGGACAUCCAUCAGGAUCUGCCUGCUUGGGUUCUCUCUAUUGUUUCUAAUAUUUGAUUUGAUUAAAUUCUAUAAUAUUUUUAUUUGUAUUGACACUUUCUUUUGUCCAUUUAAAAAGUAUUAGUUUGUCUUUUCUUGUUCUAAGUUAAUUCUAAGGCAUCUGAAACAUGACUCUGGACAGGUGUUGUGUUUCCAGGAGCUGUUUGUCCUAGCACCAGAGACAGAAAGGAGUCUGAUGAGGCAAUCACCGGUGACUGCCUAAAACAAAAGCAAUCAUUGAUGAGACUCGGAAUCCUUUUGUUUUUAUUGUGAUUAUGUAUAGUAGCUUUACACAUGAUUCUGUUGUAGCUCCAUGAUACUUUGAUUUAUAUUGAAAUGUUUUUGUGUCAAAUCAUUUAUUCCUAAAUAUGCCAUAUAAUUAUUCUAAACACUGCGUGUGACUAUCUAUGCAUUUACUUUAUGAGUUAUUCUUAAUAAACAUUACUGGUUUCCAUAAAAAAAAAAAAA